UGCAUUUUUCCUCUCCACUGUCUGCUCUGCAUGCUGUAAUACUUCCUCGCCCGCUUCUCGCUCUUGCAUGCUUGCUCGAAUCUGAGGAACCACAGCUGCUGUCCAGAUCCGGUGCUGAGGCGCACAGCUGACAGAAUGCCACCGAAGGACACUCCUUUGCAGGACUAUUGCGACCAAGAGCCACUGCUGACCUCCCAACUGGACGCCUCAAAGUUCCGGCGUCGGAAUUCGGUUCUGAAGUGCGUCGUGGUUGUCCUCUUCCUGUCUUGCCUCGCUUUGAGCAUCUACGUGGCCGUUCUCAGAACAGGAUACAAAGACCAGGGUAACGGAAAGCCCGGUUCAGGAUCAAAGGAUGUAUGCAUGAGUUCGGCAUGCGUCUCGCUGGCUGGCCACAUGGUGUCCGCCUUGAACAAGUCCGUUGAUCCGUGUGACGACUUCUACGAGUAUGCGUGUGGUGGUUGGAGGGCAUCACACAUAGCAACGCAAUCUACCUUGAAGGUGUCUCCCUUAACCGUUAUGACUGCACGGAACAAUGAGCGGCUUCAAAGCCUUCUGACUUCGCCCGGCAGUGCAGAGGAGAACAGUACGGCUAUUGCCAAGCUUAAACUGCUAUACGCUUCCUGCAUGGACACACAGUCGAUGGACCAGGUUGGACCUAUGGCAGUCAGGGAUCUGAUCCAGUUAGUCAAUCAAAGUGAUUUCAAUGUCACGCGUGCGUACCUGACUCUGGCUCAGACCACCAUUGAUCACCUUCCGUUCUUUACAAUGACACCCAUGCCAGAUGAGAAGAACACCUCCAGGCGCCUUGUGCAUUUCAAGCAAGCUGAUCUGGGUUUGGAUGUAUCGUUGUACAAUCGGAACGACAGUGACUCCAGGGUUUCUAAAUACAAGACCUAUAUGCGCUCCACCCUCUCUCUGCUUGACGACCGCUCUAUGCCAGCAGAGUACUAUGGUAAUCUCACUGAAGCCGUCUAUGGCUUUGAAAAGCAGAUUGCGGCCUUCAUGCUCUCCAGAGAGGAACAGCUCAAUCCGAACACCACAUACAACCUAAUGAGCAUUGACAGUCUUGCAGGCUUCUCACCGGCAUUUGAUUUUGUCGAGCUUCUGAGCAGCAUGGUUGAAAGCAAUCGGUCGGCGAUCAUCAAUGGUUCAACAGAGGUGAUUGUAGAAUCUCCAGAGUACAUGGCAAAUAUCUCUCAGCUGAUCUUGGCUGCUCGCGGCGAGGACAAUGGCACGGCAAUACUCAAUUACAUGGUUUGGGCAUUCGUUCGUGAUCUCCUUCCUUACAUGGGUGUAUCGUUCCGUGCUGUUGCGGAAGCGUACCGGAGCUCUAGCCUGCUGUCAGAAAGAUGUGUGGUGUUGGCUAACAAACUCAUGGAUGAUGCUGUGGGCCGUCUUUUCGUGGAUCACUACUUGGCGGACGGGAUCAAACAAGAGGGGAUUGAGAUGGUGGAAUACAUGAAAAUCAAUUUCAAGGUCAGUGUGGAAACGUUGGCCUGGAUGGAUGAUGCCACCAAGAAACUCACCAAGGAGAAAGCUGAUUAUCUCAUUCCUCUGAUUGGAUACUCCAAGGACAUUGUCAACAACACUUGGCUGGACAUGACAUACCAAGACUACAACAUCACCGACUGCUUCCUUUGCAACUACCUGUCGAUCGGCGCAAAUCAGCGCACACUAGUCAUGGAUCGGCUCCACAAGCCAGUCAGGAGAGACACUUGGUUCCUGUCAACGGACACGGCCAACGCAGCCUAUUUGCCAGCACUGAAUAUCAUGCAGGUACCUGCAGGUAUUCUGCAGUCGCCAGUCUACCUGAAAGAUUCGCCACUGGCGGUCAAGUAUGGCAGUCUGGGUUCGGUGCUCGGCCGUGAGCUCAUGCACGGCUUCGACAACACAGGUAGCCAGUUUGACAAGGACGGUAACCUGCGCAGCUGGUGGCCGCAGAACGUGCGCAAGGCGUUCAACAACCGCACGCGGUGCAUCGCACGGCAGUACAGCGAUUACACGGCGGACGGGCAACGCGUCGACGGGAAUCUGACGCUGGGCGAGAACAUUGCGGACCACGGCGGGAUGCGCGUGGCGUUUCACACAUACCGUGCGCAGAGCCAGGUUCAGCAGGACACGACUGCUCCGCUACCCGGCCUGCAGCACAUGACCAACGAUCAGCUGUUCUUCCUGUCCUACGCACAGUUCUACUGCUCCAAUAGCUUGAAGCAGUACGAGCAGGCGUUGCUUCUCAACGACGAGCACGCCCCGGACAGGAUCCGCGUCCUCGGCACUCUCUCCACAUCGCAGCCGUUUGUUGAUGCCUGGAAGUGCGGGUCCGGCUCGAGAAUGAACCGCGCCAACAAGUGUCCCCUGUGGUGAGAGCGCCGAGUGAGCGACUCAGCACUGUAACCGGCCAAGUGAGCGAGUGAUUGCAGGUCUUGUUUUACAAGUCUUAACUCCGUGUGUUCGCAUUUGUCUCUAGCCCUCCCUACACCACGCAUCCUGAGUGAAUGUGUGUGUGUGUGUGUGUGUGUGUGUGUGUGUGUGUGUGUGUGUGUGUGUGUGUGUGUGUGCGUGUGUUUCACGAAAGCCACAAGCUUCCAUAUGCUUAGGUGUGUAGUGAUGGCAGUAGAGUGGCAGUGGGGUGACAUUCGAAAAGGUCGUACGACCAUAGGACUUGGAGUCAUCCCUGUUCAGGUACAGCUACAUCCGGCUAGCUAUAGGCAUUUAAAGAAAACCUGCCGGGAUUGAUCUUAAUAAUUACUGUAUAGCAGGAAAAUUUCGGACGGAAUUUAUUUUCGUACGAUUUCGUACACGGCCUCUUUUGUACUAAAAUUAAUUCCGUGCUAAAAUUUGUUCAUGUGAAAUUAUGUACACUAUACAUGCGUACUGCAGGGAAACACGUGUGUUUAGCAUGCAGCACUGUACGAAAAUAGAAUCAGUACGAAAGGUCGAAAUUUGGCUUUGUCCGAAAAUAUUUCCGUCCGAAAAUUUCCUGCUAUACAGUAUUAUUAAAAUGCAUGCCCAGAGCAACCAUGCCGUUAUCUGCCAGUCCAUGGCACGUGCUUUCUUGUGCGUGCCCACAGCAGCCCUGCCUUUAUCUACUCGCCCAUGACAACCUUGCCUUUAUCUAUCAGUAUCCAUGCUUUUAGGCACAUGCCCUUGGCAUGAGCUUUUAUGUAUCCAUCCAUGGCAACUGUGUUUUAUGUGCGUGCCCGUGGCAACCUUGUUUUUUGAAUAUCUACUCAUGUAAACCUAUCAUGCUAGUCUAGUGGUGUGAUGUAUGUGGUACAUGCUCUUGCAAUGCUUUGCAUUCUUUUGCUUUUUUUAGUUUAGUGCAGUUCCAUGUGGUUAUUGCCGCUACAAUGAUAAUAAUUAUGUGAUAAUGCAUUGCAAAGGAACUGCUGAUGUGUAUUGUAGAAGACCUAUUAGAAAGCGUGCCAUGCGCCU